CUUUGGAAGCAAAACAGUGUCUAAUAUGGCAUCAGCACCAAUAACUGCGAAUGACAUAUUUCUGCAAGUUCUGUGCGUAUGGAUGACCUUUUCCUUGGGCAUAACAGAACUGCUAGAGCGGAAGCCGUAUUUAUCGCCCCAUCAAGAUGCCUGGAAGGCCUUAACAGCACCAGGAAGGUAUUACCUGUACAUGAGAUCCUACGAGCGAGAGCCACUUUACGGAGACGCAAGCAAGUGCGUCUUCAAUGAACUUAUUUCCGUGAAUGACCAGGACAAGCACACCACAAACAUAUUUGGAUACACGAAUUCACGUGAUGGCUCAGUGAAAAACCGAACCGCGUACGCAUGGGCUCGUGCUUCGGACGGUUAUGACACUCCGAACGUGAUCGAAUCAUCCUCGUCGAUAGAAAGAGAUUUUGUUCUGGACUACGUGGUAGCGUUUUCCGAGUACGAUAACUGUGAUAUUCUGAGGCUACCACAUCGUAAUGACGCCUGCGAACUUUGGGCAAAAGCAGGUGCCGUCGACAAAGUCAAGUCACACUGCUUUUUCAUAUUCCACUUGCUCUGUGGACCAGAAAAGCACAUCGUGUAUGACAAAGAUUUAUGCGAAAAUAAAUAACUACCUGCCCGGCGCUCACUCCCCA